AUGUUGACCAAAUUUGUCCUUCCGGCUCUUGCCAGCAUCCUGCUGCGAAGUACCCCAGUCCAAGCAGCAGGAGACAUCGACUAUCUCAUCACUUUUGGCGACUCGUACUCCCAGACAUGGUUCGAUAUUAAUGGCGAAAAGCCCUCCGCGAAGAACCCCAUUGGCAAUCCUCCUUUCCCUGGCUGGACCGCCGCUGGUGGUCCCAACUGGGUCGGUAGCAUCGUCACGGAACAGAACAACUCUCUCGUCCUGGCAUACAACUUCGCGUAUGGAGGCGCCACGGUUGAUGCUAAUAUCAUCAAGCCAUACCAAGAUACUGUCUUGAGCAUGGUAGACCAAGUGAACCAGUUCUCGAACUCGAUUGCCAAGAAGCCUAGCUAUGCUCCAUGGAACGCUCAGAAUGCUGUUGCAGGCGUUUGGAUUGGCGUGAAUGAUGUUGGAAACUCUUUCUAUCUGGGAAACAUGGCAGAUAUUACCGAGAGGGCAGUGUCGCGAUACUUUGAGUUGCUGAAGAUUAUGUAUAAUGCUGGUCUCCGAAAGUUUGUCCUGCUGAGUGUCCCUCCCACUCAACUCACCCCAACAAUGAUCAAACAAGGCCCCGACUCCAACGCCAUGCUUGUCAAGUCCAUCAAUCUUUAUAACAGCAAGAUUGCUUCCAAGCUCCAGGCGUUCAAGCAAGCCAACUCCGGUGUCAAGGCUGUCAUUGUCGACACGUCGGUUUCGUUCAACAAGGCGAUCAAGAACCCUACUGCCUAUGGUGCACCGGACGCAACAUGCUUCAACAACAACGGAAAGUCAUGCUUGUGGUUCGAUGAUUACCACCCGGGUAUCGCUAUUAACAAGCUCGUGGCAGAACAGGUGGCGACUGCGUUAGAAACAAACGGGUUUGGAUGGUAA